AUGAAAAAACAUUUAUCGCAGGAAAGUCCAGGGAGCAAGUCUCCAAAUCAUAACAUUUAUGUGUCUGAGGAGCCUGAUGAAAUUGAGCCCACUAAAAGUCAGUGUAUAGAGCAAGGAUUAACGAAACAAUUGCAAUGUAAUAGAGACAUUGUCUCACCAGUUUCCUUAGAGAUUACGGAGCAUCAAUUAUCUCAAGUUACAAUGCAGAGAUUAGUCUGUUUAUUCCAAAAUGCAAUACGGGCUAGACAUGAAGAAAUCCUAUCUUGGUACUAUUACUCUGAUAGUUUUGAAAAUAAAGUUAUCGAAAUUUGCCAUGAGACUGGUGUUACAGAUAAAACUGCUAGAACACAAUUAUACAAGGAAAUGUUAAGUCAUCUACCUGGUAUUACAUCGGGAAACUUGCGUAUGAAAACUUUAAGAGCCAAGAAAAUUCGGAUGUUAUUUGGAAAAAAUGGAGUUGGAAUAGAAAAAAUUAAGCAAGUUACCUAUAGUAUAUAUGCCAUUUCAAGCCUUACUAAUAGUCAAAUUCAAAACGUUAUCAAGAAUGUAACUUCAGUAGAACCAUUAUUGAUAAAUCAUAAUCAUGUAAUUUCAAAAACUGUCACGAAAUGUGACGAUCAGACUAAUGCAAAGAUAAGUGUCUCAUCUAAUAAUAUAUUGCCGGAAAAUAAGAUGUGCAUUGGCACUAGCUCUGCUAUCCCAUCUAUAGAUCAUGCAAGUGUAUCAUCUAUACCAUCUGCCUUAAAACCCAUUACUGAGAAAGCCUUACCUGAAAAGCAGAAUAAUCUAAUCUAA